AGAGAGAGACACAGGACUGAGAGAGUCCGAGAGAAAGUGGUAGAGGAAGACUCCGGCGUCGCCGCCUCGCCGGACUCCGUCCCCGCCGCCGCACCGCGCCAGCGCCACCCCCAUCUGGCCAUAUUCACUCUACGCGCCACCACCCAAGGGCCUCCGUCUCUUCCCGACGGCCCCUGCCAGCGCUCACCUUCUUACCCCCCGCCGUCGCCCCAGCGGCAGCCCUUGGCCGGUCAUGCUAGCUGACCUUAACGUCGAUCCGCCGGAGAGCGACGGCGAGGACCAACCGCCGACUCCCAACCCCAACGUAAACCCACCCGCCGCUGCCUCCAUCGCCGCCACCGCGACUCCGGUGGUUGCCAUCGACUCCUCUACCAGGAGUAGCACCAAUGAGGGCGGUUUGGUGAAAAGUGUAAUUGCAACAAAGGAACCUGAUAAUGUUGAAUGUGAAGAUGCUGAUCAACAUUGUCAAGGGGCUUCUGUUCCACGUGAGGAGAAAGUUAGCAACCUGAAAGCUGCUUUAGUACAUGUGGCACGGAAGAUGCCUAAAAAUGCUCAUGCACAUUUUAUGUUGGGUUUAAUGUACCAAAGGCUUGGUCAGCCACAAAAGGCAAUAGGGGCAUAUGAGAAGUCAUCUGAAAUAUUGUUACAAGAUGAAGAAGAAGUUCGGAGGCCUGAUUUACUCUCAUCUGUGAGGAUACACCAUGCUCAGUGCAUUUUGCAAACAAGUAUGGGUGAUAUUUUUGAUGAAGAGCUUGAAACUGGUGAACUAGAUGAAAUCCUUGUUAAAAUGAAGAGUUCAGUUGAGUCUGACCCCAGACAGGCAGCUGUUUGGAACAUCCUUGGUUUGGUGCUUCUUCGUAGUGGUCAGCUUCAGAGUGCUAUCUCAGUUUUAUCUUCUCUGGCAACUGUUGCUCCAGAUUACUUGGACUCACUUGCGAAUCUUGGUGUUGCACACAUUCAAAGUGGGAAUCUAGAGAUGGCUGCAAAAUGCUUUCAAGAGCUUGUACUAAAAGAUCAGAAUCACCCAGCUGCUCUGGUGAACUAUGCAGCUCUCCUUCUCUGUAAAUAUGGAUCUUUUGCUGCAGGGUCAGGUGGUAAUGUUAGUGCAGGUUCUUACUUGCAUCAGAAAAAUGGUUUGUCUGUUGCAAAAGAGUGCUUACUUGCAGCAGUGAAGGCUGAACCUAAAGCUGCAUCAGUAUGGGUUAAUCUUGCAAAUGCAUAUUACAUGGCCGGUGAACACAAAAAUUCAAAGAGAUGCCUGGAGCAGGCAGCAAAGCAUGAACCCAGUCAUAUGCCUGCUCGGUAUGCUAUUGCAGUCCACCGAAUCAGAGAUGCUGUAAGGUCACAGUGUUCUGAUGAUCAACUUCUUUGGGCUGCGAAUGAAAUGGCAACUGUUCUAAAGGAAGGGGACCCUUCAGCAGUUGAUGCCCCAAUCGCAUGGGCGGGGUUGGCAAUGGCUCACAGGGCACAGCACGAAAUUGCAGCUGUUUAUGAUACUGAACAAAAUAAUUUAAGCGAUAUAGAAGAGCGGGCUCUUUAUACACUAAAGCAGGCAAUCCAAGAGGACCCAGAUGAUGCUGUUCAAUGGCAUCAACUUGGUUUGUACAAUAUUUGCACCACUCAGUUUAGCAGAUCAGUAAAUUUCCUUAAAGCUGCUGUAGCCCGUUCACCGGAUUGCAGCUAUGUGUGGUCUAAUCUUGGUAUUGCAUUGCAAUUAUCAGACGAUUCAUCCUGUGAAACUGUGUAUAAACGAGCACUUGCCUUGUCUUCAAGCCAGCAAUCAUAUGCAAUUCUCUCCAAUCUUGGAAUUCUUUAUCGACAGCAUGGGAGGUAUGAACUUGCAAGAAGGAUGCUAUUGAGGUCUUUGGAACUAUGUCCUGGAUAUGCCCCAGCCAACAACAACCUGGGGCUUCUAUCGGUCGCAGAGGGCCGUUAUGAGGAUGCUAUUAGCUGUUUUGAGAAGUCUCUGCAAUCUGAUCCGUUGCUUGACGCUGCCAAAUCAAACUUGGCAAAAGUUCUUGCAUUGUCCAAGAAACAGUAGAUCAACAGAAGACAAAAGAUGUCCUUUGACUAUAACAUCAAACUGAAUAGCAUUCAUAAUCUGAUCUAUAACGUGGCAAAGGGGGGCUACUCAGAAGCUGAUACGACUCCUCACAACGUAAGGCACUGCAGCCUUCAUAUGGUUCCUUCGGAAUUUGACUGAAUUACUGACCUUUAUGCAGAGGACUACAAGGCCCUGGAGCUAGUCCGCCAGUGGUACAAGCUAUUCAUAGUAGUGGCCCUUCAUCCUACUAGGCUCACGUUUUGAAGUAUAUGUGGAGUAAAAUUCCAUUGUAACAAGCCUGUAAGAUUUCCAACUCGCUGCAGACUUGCAGUACAUAACACCUCACAAGGUCUUAGCUGUAAACAGUUACUGUACUAGUCCAAAUUUUAGCUGACUUUGCCACUGAAUUCAAGAAGGACGCUGUAUGAUUUGAUCCGAACACAGACAUAGUAUGACAGUAAUUUCCAAUGAAGCAAAAAAAGAAUUGCAUGGGUACGGCAGAGUACCCUUUCAGCCCAACCUAACACAAGGCCACACGUCUACAGUA